UCGGCGGUAUUCUUUACUACAACGUCUUGGUGCUAGUCGCAUGCGAUCGGUUACGAAGCUUUUGAUUCGAAUUAACUACACUCAUACUAUUUUAAUGCCAGUUAUUGAUAACUAUACUUUAACUGUAUAUGCAGAGAUAGGCAGCUGAAUUGACACCGCCCGCUUAACGCUGCUCUUGUGACAGUUAAAACAUUGUACAAAACAAAGCGAAUCAAACGAAACCCAAGUAUAUAUAAUUUUCAGACAAAAUAAUGUCUGCACUUGCCGCUGAGAAACGCGCCUCCUUUGCGCGUCGGGCCGAAAGUUUGGUGGAGCGGGUGAGAGUUUUGAAUACCAUCUAUGAGAAAUACAACAUCAGCACGGAAAAAUGCGGAGAUCUGACCGUCAUAGUACAGGGGGAUCUGUCGCAGCAGGAGAAACGUGCUGUGUUCAUUACAGUUCAUGAUCUGGGCUGUAAUCAUAAUUCGUUUCAGGAAUUUGUGAGCAGUCCCUGCAUGACGGAAAUAAAGGAACGCUCUUGUUUUAUACAUGUUGAUGUGCCCGGUCAUGCGGACAAUGCCGAUGCAUUGGCCGAUGGCUUUCCAUUUCCAUCGCUUCAGGCUUUAGGCGAAGAUUUGGUCACCGUGCUGGACUAUCUGCAUGUGAAGUAUGUAAUUGGACUCGGCGAGGGCGCUGGUGCCAAUGUGCUGGCCCGUUUUGGCCUUGCCCAUCCCAGCCGAGCACUCGGCCUCAUUCUGAUCAAUGCCACAGGCAGUGCUGCAAGUGUUUUGCAAUCCUUUAAGAGCAAGUUCAUUACCUGGAAAAGUGAUGAGGUGGCCCAAUCUGCUGAAAGCUUUUUAAUUUAUCACAAAUUUGGACAUCAAAUUGUUGGCGAGAAUCCAGAUAAGGACAAGAUUGUAGCCGAAUAUCAAAAACGUUUGCAUCGAUCUUUGAACAGCAAGAAUGUGGGUCUCUAUGUGAAGGCGUUUAUGAAUCGUAAGGAUUUGACACUCAAAGGAUGCAAAGUAGAUGUCAUAUUAAUUACAGGCAUGCUCAGCCCAUAUGCCUCAAUGGUAGAGAAGUUGCAUCGUGAUGUGGAGAAAGAACGCGUUACCAUCUUGAAGAUUGAACGUGCUGGGGAUGUUUUGGCCGAUGCUCCCUCAAAGGUGGCUCAAUCUAUACUAUUGUUUUGCAAAGGACAAGGAUUGCUUACUUCGAUCGUCAUGCCCGGCGUGGAUCGUGGACGGUCCUACUCCACCGCCAGCUCAGGCUCUUUUGAGCGGCGCUUAUCACGUGGCGUUUCUAUGGAGGAUUACGACAAGCCCAACAUUCGUCGCCUCAGCAUAAUGAACAUAAAGAAAACGUUCUCGGAUAACUUUGAAUUUAAACGCCUUUGCAUGGACGCGCCACCGCCAACAAAGCCACCGAGAGGCAUUAAAUAUGGAAAGGAUGAGUCAGCUGGUUGUGGCUUCCUCGUCAACGUCAUCAAGUCGCUGGGCUUCAGCGAGACCAACGAAGAGCGACAAAAGGAGAAGCAAAAAAUUGAACAGGAAUUCAAGCGUUCGGAUUUACGUCUAAAUGAGUUGGUCUCUCGACAUGACCAGCAACUUACCCAAGUACUGCCACUAUUCAGUCAGGUGUCCACAGAGGUGACUGCCAGUCGCGAGCGUAUACAUGCUGUCAAAGAGAACUUGGGCGCCUGUAAGCGCCUUCUUCAAUGCCGUCGUGAUGAGCUCAAGAAGAUGUGGACGGACGCUGUGCAGCACAAAUACGUGCUAGAAAUGCUGGAGCAAAUCCAGGAGUUGCGCAAAGUGCCUCAACGUGUGGUCAGCUACACUGCCAAGCGACAGUAUUUGCACGCCAGCAAAGCUCUGACGGAUGCCCUGGCUACACUUAACGGACCCCUGUUGGGUGUCGAUGGAUUGGCUGAUCUGCGUACCGACUUGCAAACGCGUCGACAACAGCUUUACCAGCGUCUGCACGAGGAGCUUGUUACUCAGGUUUACAAGAAUUCGGCUAAUGAGGCGUUUCAGCGAAGCAAUUCAAGUCGCCUCAAUUCGAGUUUCACUCGUGGCAUUGCUGCCCGCCGCUCAACGGAUCGCAUUGAGGCCAAUGCUCGGGUGCGCAAGGCAUUGAGUGAAAUGGCGCAGGGAUUUGACUUGGACAAGGCUGAGAUCGUUGAGGAUGCAGAUUUGAUCGAUCCAGAGCUCAGUUUGACCUACUUCAUUGCCAUUAUUGUUGAAUGCUUUGGCAUGCUGCACAAGGUGCCCGAUUCGCUGGAAACGAUUCGAGUACACAUUCAAACCGAGCUGCUAAAUGUGGUACGUCAGACAACGCAUCAGCUGGCCACUAGUGGAUCACUUCAAACUGGAACUGGUGAAAUCAAUCCGCUGCUAACACUGCUGGAGAUCAUAUUCAAGCAGUUCAAAGCUAUCGCCAAGACGCACACUCUGCUGCUUAAGAACUAUUUGGCUGUGGGUCAAAAGUAUGCCGUUGUCGGUCCGCAGUCCUAUGAUCUUACAGACUUUUGGGCCCAGGCGCAGUCAGUGCUGCAACUGCUACUGACGGACUAUUUGGAUAUUCAGAAUGUAUCAGCGGAUGAGGGCGCCCAAACAGGAUUUGUGGAGCCUGCAAACAAUAUCAACUCUUACUUUCUAAGACGCAAAGUUCCAAGCACCAAGAAGUCCAUGUUCAAGUUUGACAAAUCCUCGCACAUUGCCAGCAGCAGUAACAGCACGCAUGAGAACUUCAAGGAGCAUCGGCGAAAUGCCUCUGACGCCUCUGUUGAUGACAAUUUAGGUGGAAAUUUGCUUGGCAGCGGCAAGGGCUCCGUAACUGGCCUGCUUCCGCAUGAGAAGAAACAGCGGGCAAAGCUAUUAAUAUGCACUCCCGAUCAGAAUGUGAUCACCAAAGUGUAUCUGCCUUUGAUGGGAUACAUUCAGGAAAUUGAAAACUUUAUGAAGUGCAAGCCGGGUCAACCCUGCAGCCUGCAUGAUUUUGUGGAUAACUAUAUCAAGGACACAUUCCUAUCCAAGGGUCACAAUCGGAACUUGCAGUUGACCAUUGAGUCGCUGUCAAAGAAUCAAGAUGCAUGGCGUACUAUUAUCACGCCCGAGGAAAUGAAGUCACUAAAUUUGAGCCGGCUACUCUUGCAGUCCACUGUCAUGGUAGAGCGUCGUCUGGUGGAAACAAAGAAUCUUAUUGAAGAUUUGCCCUGCUACUCAGAAGAGCUGCUCAAAAUGGUGUGUGCACUGCUGAAAGCCUAUCGCGAGAUUUGUCAGUCGGCAUACAGAGGCAUUGUGCAGCCGGACUCGGAAGAUAAGCGUAUUUAUAGCGUUGCUUGGUUAAAGGAUGAGGAUAUCAGUAGAUUUUUAAAAACACUUCCGAAUUGGACUGAUCUGAAGACAUCGUGUCAGCGAUCACGACACACACGGAAGCUGCAACAUGGCAGCUUUGAGCCGUCCGAGGAGGAGAGCCCGCUGCAAGUGCAGCAGCGAAACAUUCGUGAAGCCGAAAUGCUAACGAGCAAUUUGGGCGAAGGCGGCAUAACCCAACAAGAAAUAUUGGCUGACAUAAGCGUGCUCAAGGAGUUGGCUAUACUACAAGAAAGCAUGGAAUGGUUCUCGGUUCGCGUCUCCGAGUUUGCCAACGAAUUGCGACGUCCUUUGGUGAACGGUUUGAACUCGGCGACGGCCGAAUGUGCGGCGAAUGUGGCCAUCAAGGAUGGCACAAUCAAAGUAAUGACUAAUCUGGCAUUGGAAUUCGAUGAGCUGGCCAAUACGUGCCUGCUGGUGCUGCAUCUGGAAGUGCGUGUACAAUGCUUUCACUAUUUGAGAUCGAAGUCGAGCAUUCGAACCAAUAGCUACGUCGGCUCCAAGGAUGAUAUACUGGAGCCAGAUCGCCAGGUGUCGGUGCUAACCAAGCGUCUGUCGGAAAUGGAUGAGGCAUUCAGUUCUACGCUUCAUCCGCGGAAGACGAGGUACAUCUUUGAGGGCUUGGCACACCUGGCCGCACGCAUACUUAUACAGGCGUCCAAUUAUUUGGAGCACAUUGAUCAGAUCACCGUUCAGCGCAUGUGCCGAAAUUCAAUUGCCUUGCAGCAAACGCUUAGCAACAUAACAGCAUCCAGAGAGAUUGCCUUGGAUCAGGCGAAACAUUUCUACGAGCUUCUCUGCAUGGAACCGGAUGAAAUACUCAAUUCACUCCUGGAGCGUGGCACAGAGUUCUCGGAGAUGCAAUUGCUCAAUGCAUUACAAUUAUCCUGCAGGGCCUGUGGAAUUUCCGAUGCCAAUCUAUUGGCUUCCUAUCAGCAAAAACUUUCCGAUAUACUGGGCACCAAGCCCUCCAAGGGUGUUGUCGUAUAAUAGUAACAAGCAAGUGAAAUACCAAUUUUAAAUUAAUUGCGCCUUGUAUGCCCACUCACACAUGCAUACGUACAUCAAUAAUAGUUUUUAACGUGUAAGUGCAAAGAGUAUGGUAGUGUUAAGCCCAAUUGAUUAUAAAUGUUUUGAACAUGUUGGCAUGCACUUGGUGUCGCGGUAUAGUCCUUUAUAAACUUAUAUUCUAAAGUUCAUGAACAAUAUUGUAAUAUGGCCUAUACACAAUAAAUUAAAUAGUAACAACGAA